ACCAGAAGAAGGGGGACCACCAGGAGAGAAGGGGGACACCAGGUUGACGCUUUUGGUUGGGGGGGUUUGGGGGGGGGGUGGGAGAGAAAGAUGCUGCCUUCACAAGAAGCCUCUAAACUCUACCAUGACAACUACAUGCGUAACUCGCGGGCCAUCGGCGUCUGUGUGCCAUCUUCCACCAUCUGCUUGUCCAUCAUCAACGUGGUGGUGUUCAUCCAGCCCUACUGGAUCGGCGACAGCGUCAGCACCCCCCAGGCCGGCUACUUUGGCCUGUUCCACUUACUGCGUGGGCAACGGGAACUCCGACCGGAGCUCCUGUGCCAGGGCAGCUUCUCCGACUUCGCCUCCAUCCCGUCGGGAGCCUUCAAGGCGGCCUCCAUCUUCGUGCUGAUGUCCAUGGUGCUCAUCCUCGGCUGCAUCGGCUGCUUCGCCCUCUUCUUCUUCUGCAACACCGCCUCGGUCUACAAGACCUGCGCCUGGAUGCAGCUGCUCUGCGCCGUGUGUCUGGUGAUCGGCUGUCUGAGCUUCCCCAACGGCUGGGACUCCGAGGUGGUCCGGGACAUGUGCGGCGAGGACACGGGGAGGUACGCCCUGGGCAACUGCUCGGUGCGCUGGGCCUACAUCCUGGCUAUCAUCGGCAUCCUGGACGCCCUCAUCCUCUCCUUCCUGGCCUUCGUGCUCGGCAACCGGCAGAGCGACGUCCUGCAGGAGGAGCUGAAGGCUGACAACAAAGAUUUUGCUGUGUCACGGAUCCAUCUCGGCUCCACUCUACGGAUGGACGGAAUUGAAAUUCGGGACACCAAAGAUCCAAGAUUUGGAGUCCCGCGGUACCACUGAGAGACAAACUUCCUCUCCUCCUCUUCCAGUUCCCUCCCUCCAUCCUGCCCUUCCUCCUCAUCCUCCUCCUCCUCCUCCUCCUCUUCUUCUCUUCAGGUUAAACCCUCACGAUCUGGACUCGGAGGCCAAUCUCUAACAACUUUAUGAAACAGAAGUGAAGUGGAUUCACCAAACAAAGGUCAAACUGUGGAAGAGAGAUCCAUCCUGAGAGGAAGUAGGACCAUCAGCUUUAUCAAACUCUGGGAUAAGAUCAUUCCUACCACAGAGCGUUACUGUCUCUUCACGUCGUUAUAACAUAAGGUUAUAAAGUUAUUGAUAAUGAUGAGCAUUCUAUGAAAAUAUACAUAUUUUUAUUGAGUGUGAAAAAGCUGAUUCCAGCGUUAAAGACAACGUUAUAAAGUGCAUACUGUAUGUAGAAGCACACUUCAGAUGAUUUGAGUCAUUUUGAAGUCUUUUUCAGGCCAGUUUUCCACCGCUCUUUGUAUACGACAAGCCUGAUCCCAGGAACUAGAGAAAUAAAACCUGUAUGUAAAUGAGAUGUUUCUAUGGAAACAGGGUAGAAAGAGACAUUUGUUUGCCCUCGUACAUGAAACAUCCCUGUGAGCUGUGAAAUAGUAAAACCUGUUUCAUUGUCAAAUUGUGAAAAAAAAAGAUGUGGGUUCCACUCAUCUUUUAACCCUUUGUGUAACUGUGAGCAACCCGUCAUCCUUCAGUCCACAAUCAGCCGAUCAGACUGUUGUCAGGCCAUUAAACAGGCGUUACAAGUCCCAUAGAUGAGGGUCAGUAGGGCCCUGCUACACCCAAUAGUAGGUUUAAUCAUCUAGUCACAAGGUAGAUCACUGAAAGAAGGUAUAAAAAAUGACGACAGCGCCCUCUAGAGACGGCAGUAAUUAUAGUGCUGCGUUCACACCAAGAAUAAAGUGAAUUUUCGUCUCACUUUACUCACGGAGCUGGACCGCCGGCAUCAUCUGUGUUCAUUCACGCUGGACGCGUCAGAGAGGAGGAGGAGCUCGUCUCCAUAGACACCAACAACUUUUUCUUUCCUCCAUCAACCAUGGAAGAAAUAACCUCUGUUGCUUCUUCUCUGUAAAUGUUGGUGAAGUCACAGAUAUGUCAGAAAACCAAACGCUGUCGUGUCUGGGUUCAUGACAUCCCCCAGCGGCGAGCUGUAUUCACAUACUGUGAAAUCACACUGACUGUAUCUAUCAGCCACACGUCUCUACUGAGGUAUGAACCCAAAAUAAACAGAUUGUUCUGUGAUUUAAUAUCAAUAAACAGAUCAAAAU